CUGGCAGGCGCAGGGACAUGCCUGGCUUCUUCACCGGCGACGAACUUGGAAACAUAAAACAUGUACGCUACGCUGCGAGCUUCAAAACCGGCGACCCCAGUGCUGUUCCGGUGACGCUCUAUGACGGCCCCUCGGCUGGCUCGUCCGCCAUUCAAGCCCUGGCCGUCGAAAAAACGUCAGACGACGUUAAGCUGAUAGCAACUGCACAUCAGGACGGGUCCACGUUCGUCUCUGCACUAGAAGGAGACAUGCUCACGGCCCGUUCGCAAUGGAAAGAAACACGGAUAAGGAAAACGUCCCGCUUCGUCGGCUUAACGAUCGCGAACAACGCAGUUUUCUCUUGCACUUCAAAUGGCGCCCUCCGACGUACCGCCCUCGGCAGUGCUGACAAUUCCCAAGAUAUAGGCGCCGCCACAGCAUCCCUGCCGAUGCGUCUUUGCGAUUGGAAGCUAGAUACGACAGGGCAAGCGUUUGCCUAUGGCGGCGACGAAGUCGAGCUGUCCUUGUGGAACACCGAACGCGCUUUCUCGCAACCAACAUCUUCAACCGUUACUCCACCACCGGAAAGCGAAAAACCCGCUAAAAAGCGACGAAGGGGCGACGAGCUAUUCCCCGGAGAGGUAUGGCGAGCGAAAAACGUUCCCAACGACUCGCUGAACCUCCGUGUUCCCGUUCACAACACCUCCUUCGACUUCAUAUCCUCCUCUGGUUCUUCAGCGCAGAUCGUGUGCGGUACCGCGAACGGCAACAUGCGCCGAUAUGAUACCAGAGCGGCCCGUCGACCCGUUGCAGACUGGAAGGGGAUCGCCAAGGUCGGCGGUAUUCGCUUCUUAUGCAAUGGGGUAGAAGAGCACGAGGCGUUCGCGGCCGAUCAAGGAAACCUGUUUUCCGUGGAUCUCAGGAACGGACGCGUCAACUACGCCUACAAAGGCAUCGCCGGAGCGGUUGUAUGCGCGGCACCGUGCCCAGGUUUCCUCGGUUCGGUGGCGCAGGACCGCCUCUUCAGGUUACACACCACGAAACCUCUGCCGAAGACCGCCGGGCAUCGGCAGGAGGAGAAGGGUGAGGUCCUCGACAAGGUGUAUAUGAAAAGCUCGCCAACGGCGAUCGUCUGGGAUGGCGUGGUGGAUGCUGAGCUGGAAGACGAUGGCUCGGAGGGGGCUCGCCGCGAUGAGGACGACGUCGACGGGGAUGACGAGGAUGUGUGGGACAAGAUGCGGAAUGUCGACGACAGCGACUCGGAGGCCGCCCGAGGGAAGAAAGCGAGGAAAACGUGAUCUUGCUGUACCCUUGCGGUUGUAACUUUCAGGGGCGAUGAUUGCAACCACGACUUUAUUGUGGAAACCUCCCCUUCGUUCUUUCUUGACCCCUCGAAUGGACAAGCAUCAUCCAAGCCGUCGCCGCGCAGUGGUCUGGCCUUGUUUCAACGCCGCCUUCGUACACGCCAUGUCCCUGACAAUCAAGAAUUACGAUAGUAUUGCCAGCCAGUCCAGUUUGCUAUCACGAAGUAGGAGGUAACCGGAAUGAGGAAUAGCACGAGGUAUUUGUAGUACGCGUCCCGUGCGAGGGCGUCCAGAACCCCGAUCCCCGUUAGCGGGAGAAACGCGCUGAGAAGCACGGCAUAGCUCCCGACGAUGAAGAAGAGGACGGACCCGGCGAUGAUGC